ACGCAGCAGCCCUUUUCUUGUAAAACCCAGCCUUCCCUUUUCUUCAUGCCGCCGAAGGAAAUGGACUUCCUUGGCUGUUUGUUUUCCUUUAUGUUUUAAAUUAAAUUCUACCGUCUCUGGCUAGAACCUAUGGCUCUAGCAGUCCUCCUUCAGCUGGAUGUCUGUGACCGCAGUGUUGCUCUGCACUCUCUGAUGGAUUGAGAGCUAAAUCCUUAUGCUAGGAUGGACACUGGGCAUAAGAGAAGCAAGUGGAGGAGGACAUGCGUGCCAUACCUUUUAUUUCUCUUGCCACUUUUAAGGCAAACAGAUGCCACAAUGGAAUAUAAAAACAGCACUGGAAGCCACGCCAUCCAAACAGAAACUUGUGCCGAGAACGAGUACCUGCAUGAUGGAAUCUGCUGUGACAAGUGUCCACCAGGAUUUAAACUAACGGACGCAUGCAGAGGAAAGGGUCUGAGGUCCAGCUGUGAGAAAUGUGAUGUUGAUUUUUACCUGGACAGUACAAACUACUACCGAAAUUGCUUUUCGUGCACCAUAUGCAAGAGAAAUGAAGUUGAGAAAUCACCAUGUACACACAAAGAAAACAGAGUGUGUGUAUGCAAGCCUGGAUACUAUAGAAAUAGUAUAAAUCUUAAUACAUGGUCAUGCUCACGCUGCAAAAAGUGCGGAGCUGGAGAGAGAGAGAGCCAGCCAUGUUCCAGCAAUAACAACACAGUGUGUGAAUGCAAAGAUUUCCAUUAUCGCUUAAACAAGUAUACCUGUGUUCUUUGUAAAGGUUGCGGUGAGCAGUGUCCAGACCUGUGCACCACCCCCUCUCCAUCUACUGUUAGUCCUAAACCAGAUCCUGUAUUACCAGUAUUCAUCUUUCCCGUGUUGGCCACAGCAGCGGUUUUUGCGAUUCUUUUAAUUGCAUAUGAGGGAAUCAGACGGUGGAGGAAGAAGAAGCGAAAUCAGUCUGAAUCACCUGAUCCUGAGAAAGACACCAUAGAACAGACGCAAGUGCAUACAAAAAUCAAAGAAGAGGAAAGCAUCCUACUGACUAAUCACUCUGUGGAACAUGAGCAAGACCAGGCAUUACCAGACUGUGUCCCCAGAGAGAUCAGAACUCAUGAAUUUAUCUACUUUGUACUGGAAGUGGUCCCUAUCAAACGUUUUAAAGAACUGGUGCGUCGUCUGAACGUCUCCGAGCAGGACAUAGACAGGGCAGAGAGAGACAACUACGCCUUUGCCGAUGCUCAGUACCAGAUGCUAAAGAUUUGGAGUGAUAAUGCUUCCGGAGGAGGGAGAAACAUUCUGCCACGACCACUCCUGCAGGAGUUUAUAGACAGACUGAAGGACAUGAAUUUGAACGGUUGCGCGGAGAGCAUCGAGAACAAGUACUGCACUGAGGCCUAAACACUCAGACACGCAUAUCACACAGAUGAACUAUAUUCUCACAUGCACAAACUCAUCCUUAAUCAGACGUGCUUGCUUUGACACGAAGAUGGGGGAAAAAACAGGGCAUUAGUAGAGAUAUUCACCAUAAUUUCAAACUAUGAUGACUUAUCCAUGAUUUAUGCAAACUAUUAAACAAUGCACAAGACAGUGUGGCAGAGCUGCAUUGACUCUAUUAGCUUUUAUAAAAAAUGCAUUAUAUUUGUAGCGUUGAGUUUCUGAGGUAACAUGAGAGCACUGUAGUUUGUAACUUUAACUUACAGAAAAGCCUUUGAUGCAACAAGUGCCUUUAUUUGGAUUAUUAUCCUUUGACCACCAGCUUUGUUAUACACAUAUUUCAAAGAGAUGAAGUUAUGUAAAGAGCUCUAGUGUUGUCCUGUGGGUUUUUUAAAAAGAUUGACCGUACUGGUUAGAAUGAAUGACUGGUCAGGACUGUACUGUAUAAAGGAACCACACUAACUUUAAGGGCCAUCUUGGAUUGUGUUUUCUUAUGAACAUUUUUUGUGCCAUGUUGUUCCUUAUUUUUUAAUAACCAUGUUCUGUGUACUUCUGCAACUUGGUGACUUUAGUUGACAACCUACAUGUACCUGCCAAAAUAAUGGAAACGCUUUACAAAUGAGAGAUAAAAAUGAUAUAAGUGCAAAUGUUUUAAAAUAGGUGUGGUGAUAGAAUUACCUUCUGUACCACCAUGUUAAGUAUCAUUUUUUAUCCUCUUUUUUUUUUAAAAACAUUUCUGUUUUGAUGGUCAGAAAAUCCAGGUAAUGGGACAUUGCCUCUUUUUGGAUACCUGUUUUUAUAUAGUUUGCGUUGAAGCAGUGAGCCUUUAGAGCCUUUAGUGAGCAUUUAGGCCUACUGUACUUUUACCAUGGUAAAGGAGUGUUUUUAGGAACAAUGUGAAGCUAUCGAACAGUGACUAAAUAGAAUAUAUUAAAGUACACUAAUGUGCAAUAAAUAAUUUAUUAAAAUUGAACGCAAUGAGAGAUUCUUCCAUCAAGCAAUUUAGUUCAUUAACUGUAGGCUUUGGCUGCCAAGUAACAUAUCAGUCAAAAAAAGCACAAUGUUUUUUUUAAUUACUUGGCUAAAUAAAACAGUUCAGUUAAUGUAGGCAGUCAUAUGUGUAUAUCUAGUAUUUUAGAGUAGCUCUGAGCAUAAAGUAAUGAGUCUUAGUAAUGGAACUAUCGAUUUUAUUGUUUUCCUCUAUUUUGGCAGUUUGCUUAGCAUUAAUAUAUUGACUUUUUAAUUUCAUCAAAUUAAUUCCUCAGAACUUUAAAUGCUCAGAUUUUCCAGUGUAAAGAGUAAACCGUAUAAUAUUGAUUGUUUAACUAAUUUUACCGAAAGGACAAAGUUGUAUCUGUGUUUAAUUGAGAUUUUGAAGUUUGUAUGAUUUUUGAUUUUUGUAAUGUGUGUGUUUAUGAGUUUUUUUAUGAAUUUCUGCUUCAACAAGUCAUGUAUCAGUUUUCUAACCCUAUGUAAAGUUUUGUAUAAUGUCAUAAUUUCAAAGCUAUGGCUGAUGAGGUGUAUGGGUUCUGUUUGUAUAUGUAAAUAUUACCUUUAUAGAAAAACAGCAAUAGUUUGACCAAAAAUCAAAUGUACUUGCUUUGGCACAUACUCAGAGUGUGGUAACCAAGACAUGUUUAAAUUCACCCUCAUUAUAGCAAGAAGUGAAAGCAAAUACAACUCGGUCAGCAUAAACCUUGGAGAAUCAUCUGUUUCCUCAAACAUCCUGUCCAAAAUGCUUCAGUGCUAAUAUUGUAGUUGAAGUGUAAACUAGUAACAUUUGUAAAACCUUUUCAAUUUCCUUAACUAAAAUCACUAUAGCACAUGUUGUACUGAACACUAACACCAGAAAGUGAUUUUUAAACAAGAUCCAUGUUGAUUUUUAUUAUAAAACAGGCCUGUUGGAGCCAGUGCAGGCUUGGAGCUGUCUGUGAACUCAGAUUCCUCAUUUAUCGGUCACAUGUGUGGUAGUCCAAAUGAAAAUUUUUGAUUUUUGAUCAAACUAUUCCCAGUACUCUCCAGAAUUAUUCUCUGUAAAUAUGAGCAAAGCCUAUGAAGAGUUUUUGUUCUUUAUCAGUUUGAUAUUGCACUGAAAACAUGGUAAAAACUGUCCAGUAAGGCAAAAUAUCCAAAGAUAAAUAAAGCUAUAUAAAAUUA